AUGUCUGAAGACGCUGUUCCAAUCCAUCCCGUCGCUCCCCGCCUAAAGAAUGGCUUGAAAGUUCCUCAUGUCGGUCCUGAUCUUGCAGCAUAUAGGUCCUCUCAUGCGGAAACCCUCGGCCACGAAUCUGAUGCUUGGUGGAGAAAGAUGGCCCAUACCAUGUUACACUGGGACCGUCCGUUCCAUACUGUGCGGGCUGGUAGUUUUGAAACCGGUGAUAUCGUCUGGUUCCCAGAAGGCGGGCUUAAUGCAUCUUACAAUUGUGUCGAUCGCUGGGCGUUUAAACAUCCAAACAAAACCGCCAUCAUCUACGAGGCCGACGAACCCGAUGAAGGCUGCCUUGUCACUUAUGCGGAGCUGCUCCGCGAGGUCUGCUCUAUUGCAAACGUCCUAAAGGGUCUUGGUGUCAAGAAGGGCGAUACCGUUUCUGUAUAUCUGCCAAUGACUUGGCAAUCGGUUGCUGCUUUCCUCGCUUGCGCGCGGAUUGGCGCUAUUCACUCUGUAGUCUUUGCUGGCUUUAGCGCAGAGUCUCUCCGUGAUCGUGUUCAAGACUGCAAGUCGCGCGUUGUCCUUACCAGCGAUGAAGGCAGGCGUGGUGGCAAGUCAAUUGCAACCAAAGCGAUUGUAGACGCUGCUCUCAAGGAAUGCCCUGUCGUUGAACAUGUCCUUGUUCUCAGACGCACCGGUGGCCAGGUGCCAUGGGUCGAUGGCAGGGACAUGUGGUGGCACGAGGAGACUGCCAAAGUCCCUAAUUACUGCCCACCCGAGAUCAUGUCCUCAGAAGAUCCGCUCUUCAUUCUUUACACUUCUGGAUCUACAGGGAAACCAAAGGGUGUCGUUCACACCACCGGCGGAUACCUCCUUUGCGCCGCCCUUACUGUUAAAUACGUUUUCGAUGUCCACCCAGACGACAAGUUCGCCUGCAUGGCUGAUAUCGGUUGGAUUACUGGACAUACCUACAUCGUUUAUGGACCACUCGCAAACGGAGUCAGCACUACCGUCUUUGAAUCAACUCCAGUUUACCCCUCGCCAUCCCGCUACUGGCAGACCGUCCAGAAGCAUCAGCUUACCCAGUUCUAUUCUGCUCCUACUGCCAUUCGUCUCCUUCGUAGACUCGGCGCUCAACACGUGGAGGGCCAUGAUCUCAGUAGCUUACGUGUCCUUGGCUCUGUCGGUGAGCCUAUUAACCCCGAAGCCUGGAACUGGUACAACGAACAUGUUGGCAAGAAGCAGUGCGCUAUCGUUGAUACGUUCUGGCAAACUGAAACUGGAUCGAUCGUGGUUACUCCAUUCCCUGGUGCGAUUGAGACUAAGCCUGGUUCUGCAACCGUUCCUUUCUUCGGUAUCGAGCCCGCUAUUCUGGACCCUGUCAGUGGAAAGGAAUUAGAGGGCAACAAUGUUGAGGGAGUUCUUGUCAUCAAGCAACCUUGGCCUUCAAUUGCCCGUACCGUAUACAACGACCACAACCGUUACCUGGAGACGUACAUGAAGCCAUACGGUGGAGCUUUCUACACAGGAGACGGCGCCGCACGCGAUGAACAUGGUUACAUUUGGAUCAAGGGCCGUAUUGAUGAUGUUAUCAAUGUCUCUGGACACCGUUUGUCGACUGCUGAAAUCGAGUCCGCCUUGAUCAUGCACAAGGGUGUCGCCGAGACUGCAGUCAUUGGUACUGCUGAUGAGUUGACGGGACAGGCCGUAUUUGCCUUCGUCACACUUAAACCGGAAUUCACAUACGACCGCAAUGACGAGGCUUCCCUUGCUAAGGAGCUCGUACUCCAAGUUAGGAAGGUGAUUGGCCCCUUCGCGGCACCUAAAAAGAUCUUCAUCGUCAGUGAUCUGCCCAAGACCCGCUCCGGAAAGAUCAUGCGUCGCAUUAUGCGCAAGAUCGUUGCUGGUGAAGGCGAUCAACUCGGUGAUCUCAGCACUGUUGCUGAACCUGGUGUGGUUGAUGUUAUCAAGAAGAAGGUUGCUGAGAGUACGUAG